AUGGUGGCACGCACGUUGGUUGCACUGCUGUGCCUGGGGUCAUCCACGGCGUUCAUCACACCGUUUGUCGGAAGGGUGCACUCUGCACGCAACACAGGAUCUUGCGUGACCAUGAUGGCGGGCAACAUCGCCGUGUUCGGGGGGAACGGGUUGACGGGAUCGGAGGUCGUGUACCAGGCCCUGCAGCGAGGCGACAAGGUCACCGCCUUCUGCCGCGACCCUUCCAAGCUCGUGUACCCCCCGGGAGUGGGGGUGACGAAGGCCGGCACGCCCCUGUCGAACGAAAACCUCAAGACCGUCCAGGGUACGGUGACGGACCUGGACGAUGUCCGGAAGGUGUUCUCGAACGGCCCCAUCACCGGGGUCGCGAUUGCUCUGGGGGGAAAGACCAAGGACGUCGGCACCACCAUGCUCACGGAUGGCACGAGCAACAUCAUCACGGCCAUGAAGGAGAAGGGAGUGAAGAAGGUGGCGACCGUCACCAGCAUCGGCACGGGAGACAGCGAGAACCAGGCGCCGUUCUUCUUCAAGGUGUUGAUGUACACGGCGAUGAAGAGCAUCUUCGCGGACAAGAACGAGCAGGAGAAGCUCUUCUUUGACGGGCCGGGACAGGACCUCGAUUUCACGAUUGUACGGCCGGGGGGCCUGACGGUGGAACCGCCUACGGGCGUAAUCAAUGUCAUCAAGGGAGAGGCGGGAUCCAUUAGCCGCGCCGAUGUGGCGGACUUCAUCCUGGGAGCCAUUUCGGACAAGGACUUCCCUUACCUCAAGCAGGCGCCUUGCAUCAGCUCAGUGGGCGGCACUAGCUGGGUGAAGGACCGCAGCGGGGCAGCCCGCGGCGAGAUGGCUAAAUAAGAAAGCCAUGCCGAAGAAUGAUAGGCGUCGCUCCUGUUUGUCGGUCCCUUGUGGGCAGCAGUUUUUGGCCAUCAGUGGGAGAGAGCUACAAGUACACGAUUGCAGAUAAACAGGCAAGCAGAGACGCUGAUGCAACUCCCCAGGGAAUACUUUCUCGUGAAAUCGUUUCCUGGUUGCAAUCCACGAUUCCCCCCUAGAAGGACUGUUCAGUAUUUUGGUUAUUUUUUGCUCGAAUCUCCCAAUAAACCCGGUCCGCCAGUAGCAUUUUGGCAGGGACCUACAUCUGUGUGACCACGCUCCAGCCCUGUCGUAUGGUGGAAUACACCACCUCGAUCCGAGCAAGGGGCCAAUAGACGCGCUGUUGCUGCGGGGUUUUUGUAUCUCCGGUUGGGUUGUCGUUCGGCUCGGGCGACUGGAUUGUGUCGGCUUGAAGCGGCGUGUCCUGAUCGCACGACACGAGAAGCGUCCUCUCUCCAUUUUCUCUCUGCCCGGAUGGGUAACGAGGCCCAGGGGAGGCAGAUAGGUGUAAUCGAAGGGUGCAAUCGGCGCUUGUAGUGGACAUGUGAAGUUUUGUGUCUGCGUACGAGUUUCUGUGCACGUGAAGAUAAGGCUGGGGGCAAGGAUAGUGCAAACGUUGCUGGUUUUUUGUUCCCGCCGUCACGUGCCCCAUUCCUACUGUUGUGUUCUCUUGUUGUCCCAAAAUUUCGAGAAGAUCCGUGUCUUGCGCGGAGAUAGCAGCAGCAAGAGUUGGGGGUGGGGCUGGGUGUAGGAGGUUCGACUCUCCCUCUAGAUCUUUGUCUUCGUCGUAAUAUUGAGUGCGUCAUGAGAAGCAGUAGAGACGGGGAUCGCGCGCGUGCAAGGGCAAAAGUGUCUGCGUCCGUGCAGUUUAAGGCGGUACGUAUUGUUAACACGAUUGUGACUAAUGCCUGUGUCGUCGACACUUUUCUCUCGACCAGUGUAGGGAUCGGGAAUAUUGCCCGUUCUUUCUGAUGCAGAAUUUUUACGGCCGAUCCCAGACGUCCGAAUCGAGUGUGUUUUGGACGAUCUCCUCAUCUUUUUUCGGGGACAGUGGUUAUCGCCCCCGGGGUACAUAGAACAUAGAACGGACAGGUUACCCCGUUACUCCCCUUUGAGCACAGGAUAACUUAGCCCUAGCAGCAUCUGUACAUACGCGUACCACGUGCGGGAAGAUAGGUGUAGAUUGCGCGGCGCUGCAGCACCGCGUAUUUGCUGCCCGGCGAGCUGCCCGGAACUGCUGUGGUUCUUGCUGCACCGGAAUACUCAAACAGGGCUGCAAACUCAAAACAGAAGGGAUGGCACGAG